UUAAAAUUUUUGAGCUGGCCAAAAAUUCUUUUAAUUUUUAAACUUCUUAUCGCCACAUUGCUCAUAAACCACAAUGGACACUACUCUCACUAACAUCGUCCUCUUGACCCCUGCACCACCUCCUCCAUGGCCCAUAAACCACCGCCUCCUCCGCCGCCGCCGGCAAAUCCCAAAACCUACACGCUAUCAGCCUCUUCAAUCUCUUACACCAAGCCCACCUUCGCCGGAAUUUCACCCACAUUCCUAUUGUUCAAACCCUGCGCCGCCCCGCCGCCCGCCUACAUCCUCCGCGACGUCUCCCUCAACGCCUACCCAUCCCAAAUCCUCGCCAUUGUGGGCCCCAGCGGCGCCGGAAAAUCCACAUUGCUCGACAUUCUUGCCGCCAGAACUUCCCCCAAAACCGGCGCUCUACUCCUCAACUCUUCCCCAAUCAACCCCUCCUCCUUCCGCAAGCUCUCGGCCUACGUUCCCCAACACGACGCCUGUCUCCCGCUGCUCACCAUCGCCGAGACCUUCGCCUUCGCUGCCGGCCUCCUCCACCCCAAAGCGCCGGACGUUUCCGCCAUUGUGGAGCCACUUCUGGAGGAACUGAGGCUGACACGCUUGGCUCACACCCGGCUAGCUGACGGCCUCUCCGGCGGAGAACGGCGGCGCGUGUCAAUCGGACUCAGCCUCCUGAACGACCCUGCUGUACUUCUUCUCGACGAACCCACUUCCGGGCUAGACAGCUCGUCGGCGUUCAAUGUGAUGCAGAUUCUCAAGUCAAUGGCGGAUUUCCACCACCGGACGGUGAUUUUGUCCAUUCACCAGCCGAGCUUCAAGAUCCUGUCCACCAUUGACAGAAUCCUCUUGCUUUCUAAAGGAACGGUCGUCCACCAUGGAACCUUUUCUUCGCUCCAAGACUUCUUGCUUUCCAAAGGCUUCACAGUCCCUCCUCAGCUCAACUCUCUGGAAUACGCCAUGGAAAUACUCAGCCAGCUCCAGAUCACUAAACCCAUAAACGGCUUCUCAUCGCAACCUCUACUUCCAUCACCACCAAAUGAUACUCAUAACGAACGAGAGAUCAGAUACAAGAGCUCAAGGGUCCACGAAAUCGCCACUCUUUACAACAGGUUUUGGAAGAUCGUCUACAGAACAAAGCAGCUUCUAUUGACGAACUCGCUUCAAGCCCUCGUAGUGGGUCUUGUUCUUGGCACUAUAUACAUCAACACUGGACUGGACAAGAAGGGGGUCGAGAAAAGGCUGGGCCUUUUCGCCUUCACCCUCACUUUCCUCCUCUCUUCCACCACGGAAACCCUACCCAUUUUCAUCAACGAAAGGCCCAUUCUUCUCAGAGAAACCUCAAGCGGCGUUUACAGGUUAUCAUCUCAUCUGAUCGCAAACACGCUGGUUUUCUUGCCGUAUCUUCUCGCCAUAGCCAUAAUUUACUCCAUUUCAGUCUAUUUCUUGGUGGGUCUUUGCUCCACAUGGAAAGCAUUUGCCUACUUUGUUCUGGUCAUAUGGAUCGUAGUCCUGAUGGCCAAUUCGUUCGUCCUCUUCUUGAGCUCUCUGGCUCCGAACUACAUCGCCGGAACUUCUUUGUUAACUCUGCUUCUGGCCAGCUUCUUCCUCUUCUCCGGCUACUUCAUAUCAACCGAAAACUUGCCCAAGUACUGGCUGUUCAUGCACUAUUUCUCCAUGUACAAGUACGCCCUCGACGCUCUUCUGAUCAACGAGUAUUCUUGCCUUGUGAACGAUUGUUUGAUUUGGUUCGAUGAGAAAUCCUGCAUGAUCACCGGGCGGGAUGUGUUGCAGAAGAGAGGACUCCAUGAGAGGCAGAGAUGGACGAAUAUUUACAUCUUGAUUGGGUUCUUUGUGUUCUAUCGUGUCCUUUGUUUGAUGGUAUUGAUGAGAAGGGUCUCAAGAUCCAAGAAGUGA